AUGUCUCCUCGCAAGUUCUUUGUCGGUGGUAACUUCAAGAUGUACGUGCCGCCCAUGCUUCUGCCCCGGGGUUUAAGCUUGUCCAACCUGUCAUGGCUGUCUGCCAGCACGGAAAAGAAACCCCGCAUGUCCGAAAAGCUUCACCCUUCGACAGGACAGCUGCUCGACACAGCGCCAUGUGUUGCUCUAUGGCACCUAGAGCUAGGCCAGCACUGA